UGAUUCACAAGGCGGGGGUCUCCAUUUUGCCACAACGUGCACAGCAACUUAAUCUUAAACCAAGAAGGGGAUAUAGCGAUUAAUAAAUGGGAUACACAAUGCAGCUCAGUAUCUAGGCUCUGCAAGCCUGGAUCUACUAACUUACUGGAUGGAAAGUCCUGGAGUUUGGAUCAGAUACAAAGGAAGGCACAAUCAACUUCACCAUGGUGUCUGGCAGCAUAUGAGAAGCAUUGGAUUGUGGGAGAGUGAUUGGCACACAUGUGCCAAAUGUCCCCAAUGCUGCUGUAUGAGAAACACUGGGUUGGACAAAAGUCAUUGGAGCUGAUGUCUUCUUUGGACGAGAAGCUACAGCGCAGAGACUGUCCUGGAACAGGAUUACAGAUGGUCUCCGGAGAUUCGGCGGCGGCAGAGCAGGAGGAGGAAGGGCUCCCGACUAGUAUGAAGGAGAUGAUCGGAGGCUGCUGUGUCUGCUCGGACGAGAGGGGCUGGGCCGAAAACCCACUGGUAUACUGCGACGGGCAUGGCUGCAAUGUGGCGGUGCAUCAAGCUUGCUAUGGCAUAGUUCAAGUGCCAACCGGACCAUGGUUUUGUAGGAAAUGCGAAUCUCAGGAAAGGGCAGCCAGAGUGAGAUGCGAAUUGUGUCCACAUAAGGAUGGUGCGUUAAAACGGACCGACAAUGGGGGCUGGGCUCACGUGGUAUGUGCACUAUAUAUUCCAGAGGUUCAGUUUGCAAAUGUUUCUACAAUGGAGCCUAUUGUGUUACAGUCUGUGCCUCAUGAACGAUACAAUAAGACUUGCUAUAUUUGUGAUGAGCAAGGAAGAGAGAGCAAAGCUGCUACCGGCGCAUGUAUGACUUGCAAUAAACAUGGCUGCCGACAAGCCUUCCAUGUUACCUGCGCGCAGUUUGCUGGGCUUCUUUGUGAAGAGGAAGGAAAUGGCGCCGACAAUGUCCAAUACUGUGGUUAUUGUAAAUACCACUACAGCAAACUGAAGCAUAAGGAGAAAGAAAAGCACAAACAGAAAUCCAGAAAGCAAAUGGAACCUCUGCCGUCAGUGCCGCCUCUGACCGUGACUACUGAAAAGACCUAUACCUGCAGCAACAACAACAACAGCAGUGGCACGUCUGUGACCAGUACAGUCAAGCGUUUGGAAGAGACAGCUGCCCGAUUCACUAAUGCCAAUUUCCAGGAGGUUUCUUCCCAUCCUUUAACUGGGAAAGAGACACUGGAGGCAAGAAACCUGGAGAGCAAAGGAAAAAAGUCUACAAGUCACAACUCCAUCCAACGUGGAAGGAAGUCUGGCAGUGGGAGGAACAAUGCGGCAACAACAGCUGCAACAAGUCCCUUUCAGCAAGGAAAUUUUUCCGGAACACCGAACAGUGUUAAGUCUUCUUCUGGAAGUUCAGUCCAGUCACCUCAAGAAUUUCUGGGUUUUUCAGAAUCUGAAGUACGAACUGAUGGCUAUCACCACCCUCAGCAGCCACUGUCUACCAAAGAUAUCCCUAAAGGGGAAUCUGGACUGCAGGAAGGGACAAUAAACUGUUUUAGUUCUUUGAUAGGCCUUCCUUCCAACCCAGCUAUGUCUUUCCAGACCAAAAACUAUGACAAUGUACCUGGAGAAUAUAUUAACUCAAGCCUUACAGGAUACAAGCGGGUACAAUCUUCUUUGAUGGAUGAAGAUGCAGUAAAGGAAAAAAAACGUAAAGGAAACAAGCAGAAUAAGCAUGGACCUGGAAGACCAAAAGGAAACAAGGGUCAAGAAGCUGGUUCCCACUUAUCAGUUUCCUCUGCUUCCCCAACAUCUUCUGUUGCAUCUGCAGCAGGAAGUAUAACAGGUUCUGGUCUCCAGAGGUCUCCCACAUUGCUCAGGAAUGGUAGCUUACAAAGUCUAAGCGUUGGGUCAUCGCCUGUUGGGUCAGGUAUAUACAACAGUAAUGAUGUAGCAGCAACGUUUUCCAAUGUUAUAUCUGGCUCCAGCACUCCAGUCUCCAGCUCCCAUAUAACUCAGUGCACUUCCACUCACCUGCAGCAAGGAGGAGCUUCAUCCCCAUCACCCUCAUCUUCGACUAGUGUUCUUGCCAAUACUAGUACAACUCAGGUAAAUGCUCUUCCUGGAUCUACUGUUUCUGUGACAUCAUCUCAGAUUUACAAUAACAGGCCAAAUCCCACAUCUACGACUGGAUUGCUUGCAGGGCUCCCUGAAUCCGUGCUAUCAGCAGAUCAAGAUAUUGGUGACAAUAGCCGAAGUCUUGCUGUGAAAGGAGCCUCCCCAAGAGGAAGUGUCUCUCCUCGAUCUCCAUUGAGCAGUCUUCCAGCUCGCUACGAACAGUCUGGAAACAGCAGUCUGGAAAAUAUUCCACCAGUAGCAACCAGCAUAGAACAACUUCUGGAAAGGCAAUGGAAUGAAGGCCAGCAGUUUCUCCAAGAGCAAGGAGCUACAAGUGACCUUCUAGGCAUGCUGAAAUCCCUGCACCAACUGCAAGUGGAAAACAGGAGGCUGGAAGAGCAGAUUAAGAAUCUGACCGCCAAGAAAGAGCGUCUUCAGCUUCUCAACGCACAACUCUCUGUUCCGUUUCCAACCAUAGCCGCCAUCCCCAACACAGCCUCUCACACGCAUACCUACCCACUGCAUAAUGCAGAUUCUUUGACCAUCAGUAAAAGCCCUCACCUUGGAAACUUUCAGGCAGAGAGCACUUUGCCUGUGUCACACCAGGAUCACACCUCAAGUGGGCAAAGCACCAGUAGUUCCUCAUCGCUCUCUACUCCACCUCCUGAUCGUCAGAGUCCAGCACAGCAAGUCCAAGGGGUCCAGAGGGUAAAUCGAGUAACAGUGGGAACACUAACAAGUGGCAUUCAGACCGUCACACAAGCUCUUCCUGCUGUGCCAAGUGUGGGCGCAAUAAUCGGAGCCUUGCCAGCAAACCAGCUAGCCAUAAAUGGGAUUGUUGGGGCUCUCAAUGGGGUCAUCCAGACUCCUGCCACCUUGCCACAAACCACUGCUCUUUCUCAUGGGUCAAUACUGCCGAACGUGACACACCCCAUAACUUCCACACUAACAAACAGUGCCUCAGGAUUAGGGCUGCUCUCUGACCAGCAGAGACAGUUACUGCUUCAUCACCAGCACCAGCAAUUCCAGCAGCUUCUGGGAUCUCAGCAACUCACGCCUGAACAGCACAAUGCCAUCUUGUAUCAGUUGAUGCAGCAACAUCACCAGCAACAGCAAUCAGAAUUACAGCAACUGCAAAUUCCUGCCGCAGCUCAGCUGCCCCUGAAUAGCCUGCUGACCGCUUCACAAGCUGCCCCUCUUCAUACGACCACUACUAACCCCUUCCUUGCGAUGCACAGUGACAGUGCAGCACAGAAAGUGUCUAGGCUUGGAGAUAAAACCGGACCAGUAAUGCACGAUAAAAGUUGAAUUUUUUUUUGAAGAAGUGGAUAAACCAAUCUCAUCCUGGCACUUGGCACACUCUAAACAGAUGUCUUCCUUUUUGUGGUCAUGGAACAAUGCAAACGGAGACCGUGUAUCCCUUCAGUACCAGAAGGAUAAAUCCUUUAUUCACCCUCCUAGUCCAGAUGGGGGGAGGAGGGAGGUAGAAACCGCGCUCUAAAGUUUUAGAUAUUUAUUUUAUUUUAAGAUAUUUGUUGCACUGAAAUGUGUGUAUUCUGAGAGCAAAAUCUGAGAAAGGUAAAGUCACUGUUUUAAGUAUGACUGAAAUCCAACGUGGAGGUUGGAUGGUACUAAACGAGGCAAUGAACUGACCAAAUGUUUUAUUGGCAAUUAACCGCGAAGUACUGGCCUUUGCCUUUGGCUGGAAUCGUGGUGAAAUGUGUAUUCAGGGUUUACCAGGACGACCUUCAAACACUGUCUUGCCACUAAGUCUUUUAAAGGUAUUAAUCAACUAAUACGAACGUGUGCACACUCAAGCAUAAUUACACACAACAUAGUGUGUAUAAAAUGUUACUUGGAUAUCUAUCCCAGCAAUUAGUGUUUUCUGCGGACUUUUGUAGAAGAGAAAAAUUGCAGAGAACGACUCUUGUUUUCAUAUUACUCCAAUGCAAGUGCCUGUCGCAAAGCUUAGAGCGCAAAUUCAUGGCGGGGUAGCUGUCCACAUAUAAGGCAAUGGUGUUUAUCAGUAAAUAUGCUAGUUGCACUAGCAGCCUGUUAUUUUUUCUAUGCCACUGUUUGGCUGUUUUUGGUAAUAAUUUAUAUGUUCACUAAUGAGUUAUGCAACCUUAAAUUAAACUCAAAUCAACUCUUGAAAAGUGUUGGGCAACCUACAGCGGCAACCUAUAGCGGUUGAGUCCUGCAACAUUUAGGGAGCAACCUGGGAUUGCAGAAUUGGCGGUUUCAUAUAUUUUGCUUUGACUGCCCAAACUUUGCCCCUCACCCCUCUGUUAAAUACACAUUAAGUUCAUGGACAACCUGGAGUUUUUGUGCUAAAAGCGUAGAAACCAGUAAUGACUUAAAUUGUUCACUAACACCAAUGGUGUCAUUAAAAGGAAAAUAAUGCAGCUUUAUUACUUUGUGUGUGCAACACGACAUUGUUUAAGCAGAGCUGGCAAAAGGACUGCUUAUCUGUAGUUUAAAUGUUUGCAUUAUUAAUGAUAGUAGUGAAAUAGGCCCCACUGUAAUUUGACCCGCACUGUGUAUUCGGCUAAAAGAGCACGUUAAUUCUCUAAUGUGUCUUUAGGUUUUCACUGCACAGAUCUUACCUCAUUCUGUAUAUAAGCUUUUUGGAAAAUCUGUAGGGUUUUUUUUUUGUAUUGUUUUAAAAGAUUAAAAAAUAAAAUUCAUAUAGAAACAAUAAUACUAUUUUGAUUUGUAAUAUUUCUAAUCGGCAGAUUAAAAGGCAAAAAAAGAAAUUUAAUUUAUUUUUAUAUUUUUCUGGGGUAUUUUAAAUCCUUUCCGUGGUGGUUUAUGAAACACGCUUGUUUCUGUUAAAUGGCUUCAGUGAGGUUCUGUUUUGAAAUUGUAACUCGCUGUUUAGUAACAAAAAGUUUAUAAAGGUUUGUGUUAAUAAUUUACUUAGUUGUAAAAAUCCAUGUGUAUUGAAACAAAUGAUAAAAGUUUUUUUUGAAUAAAUUUUAAUAAUGUAUAUACAAA